AGCCAUAAACCAUUUGCUAAUUUUCAGUAUUUAUAACAUUGAUUUGCUGAUUAAUUAAUUAACCCCUUAAACACACAGAUUAGUGUUAAUUAACUUCAACUCAUGGCUCAUCUUCUUCUACUAUUGUUUCUCCUGAUAGUAUUGCUCACACUAAUUUCAGCAGAUCCAACGGCCAGAACUUACAUCAUCAGAGUUGACAGUUCAUCUAAGCCGUCGGUUUUUCCAACGCAUUUCCACUGGUACACCGCCCAAUUUACUGAACCCAAAAACAUACUUCACGUAUACGACACCGUAUUCCAUGGCUUUUCCGCCGUUUUGACUCCUAAGCUCGCCGCUUCAGUUCUUCAAAACCCCUCAGUUCUCGCCGCCUUCGAGGACCGCCGUCGAGACCUCCACACCACCCGUUCGCCGCAGUUCCUUGGCCUCCGCAAUCAGCGCGGGCUGUGGUCGGAAUCCGAUUACGGUUCCGAUGUUAUUAUCGGCGUUUUCGACACCGGAAUUUGGCCGGAGCGGCGGAGCUUCUCCGAUCGGAAUCUCGGCCCCGUGCCGAAGCGAUGGAGAGGGGAAUGUGAAACAGGUGUUAGGUUCAGUCGGAAGAACUGUAACAGAAAAAUCGUCGGCGCGAGAUUUUUCUCCAGAGGGCACGAGGCCGCGGCGGCGGCGGCCACCGCAGGUCUGGGCGGUAUUAACGCGACGGUUGAAUUUAAGUCGCCGAGAGACGCCGACGGGCAUGGGACACACACCGCGUCCACGGCGGCCGGAAGACACACUUUCAGGGCGAGCAUGGAGGGUUACGCCUCCGGAAUCGCGAAGGGCGUGGCGCCGAAGGCUCGUUUGGCGGUGUACAAGGUGUGCUGGAAGAACUCAGGCUGCUUCGAUUCCGAUAUCUUAGCGGCGUUCGACGCCGCCGUGAACGACGGAGUCGACGUCAUCUCCAUUUCAAUCGGAGGCAGCGACGGAACCUCCUCGCCGUAUUACCUGGAUCCAAUCGCAAUCGGAUCGUACGGCGCCGUUUCGAGGGGGAUCUUCGUUUCUUCUUCUGCUGGAAACGGCGGCCCUAAUGUAAUGUCUGCCACAAAUCUCGCCCCCUGGCUGACCACAGUCGGCGCCGGCACAAUCGAUCGAAACUUUCCGGCGGAAGUAAUUCUCAGCGACGGGAGAAAAUUCACCGGAGUAUCUAUAUACUCCGGCGAACAAUUGAACGGUAAAAUGUACCCUCUCAUAUACCCAGGUAAAUCAGGUGCUCUUUCCGCUUCCCUCUGUAUGGAAAAUUCCCUCAGCCCUAAUUCAAUCAAAGGCAAAAUCGUGAUCUGCGAUCGCGGCAGCAAUCCACGUGUCGCAAAAGGAUUGGUCGUCAAAAAAGCCGGCGGCAUAGGAAUGAUCCUGGCCAAUGGAGAAUCAAACGGCGAGGGCUUAGUCGGAGACGCUCACUUGCUUCCAGCUUGUGCGGUGGGGUCCUCCGAAGGUGACAGAAUCAAAGCCUAUUUAUCCUCCAACCCUACCGCCACCGCCACAAUCAACUUCCGAGGAACAGUCGUCGGCACAAAGCCAGCUCCGGUGGUGGCAUCGUUUUCCGGACGGGGGCCGAACGGUUUGAACCUGGAGAUUCUAAAGCCCGAUUUAAUCGCCCCCGGAGUGAACAUCUUAGCCGCCUGGACUGAGGCGGUGGGCCCCACAGGGUUGGAUUCGGACAACAGAAAGACCGAAUUCAACAUCGUGUCGGGCACAUCAAUGGCUUGUCCACAUGUAAGCGGUGCAGCGGCCUUGCUAAAAUCUGCUCACCCUGAUUGGAGCCCGGCGGCAAUAAGGUCCGCCAUGAUGACCACUGCAACCCUGACGGACAACUCGUUCAGUCGAAUGACCGACGAAUUUAGCAACAAAUCCGCGACACCUUAUGAUUUCGGUGCCGGUAAUUUGAAUCUAGACUUAGCCAUGGAUCCUGGAUUGGUCUACGAUUUGAUGAACGAAGACUACGUUAGUUUCCUAUGCUCGAUCGAGUACGCGCCCACAACAAUUCAAGUGAUCACAAGAUCGCGCGUGAAUUGUCCGAUGAGGAAGCCACUACCGGAGAAUUUGAAUUAUCCUUCAAUUUCGGCUUUGAUUCCAAGGGGGUCAACGGGGGUCAUUAGCAAGAUGUUUUUUCGGAUGGUGACAAAUGUCGGGGAGGCGAAUUCGGUUUAUGGGGUUAGGGUUGAGCCGCCCAAGGGGGUGAGGGUUGUUGUGAAACCUAGGAAGUUGGUAUUUUCGGAGACGGUAAGGAGACUAGGUUACUAUGUCACUAUAACUGUUGAUUGCAAGAGUUUGGUAUUCGGUGAUUCGGGUGCGGUUUUUGGGUCGGUUACUUGGGUUGACGGGAAACAUGUCGUUCGGAGCCCCGUUUUGGUUACUCAAAUAGAUCCGUUGUAAAUGUGGUUCGCGGGUUGUUUAUUCGUCGGAAAAUCGAAUCGGAGGUGUACGAUGGCGGACGAAACGUUAGAAAAUGAUAAUAUGAUCAGUUUGGCAAUGUUUACUUCUUCCUUUUCCUUUGAUUCUUAAUUUUGGUUUCUAUUGUUUUUAUCUCUAA